ACGUGACACGCAGCUGAGAGCCGAGUAUUUUGAAGAUGUGGAGGGUGUGUGUGACUGCGUGGUUGUGUGUUGAGGAAAUGAGGGGGGCGUGUGUUGAGUUUUUUGGGAACAGCCCUCACAGUGAAGUCUGGAGCAACAGCUGGAUCAGCAGUCCGUCUGUCUGUCCGUCUGUCCCUCCACGCAGCGCCGCAGGAUGUUGCAAGAGGGGUCGUCACAUUAGGUCAGUAGUGAAAUGUUCAUGAUGCCUUCACCGCCACGGGUCGGAUGGACUGCUCUCUGUCUCCUUCUGCUCUGGAAGAGAACGGCAGCUCACAGUGUGGAGGUGCGAUGCUCUGUGGCACCAGUGGGGGCGCUACACCCAGUUCAAGGUCUGCUGGAGAGGUUUGAGGCUGGUCCGGGCUGUGCUGCGAGAGAACAAGGGGACAAAGAAACUCAUGUCAUCGCAGUGGGGAGAGUGACGCACAGCCCCGAGAACAAGGUGACGGUGUUGCUGAAGCCUUUAUCUGCGUCCCCCUCACCUCUCAGAACGCUCCACCUGCUGCUCAGCUCCAAGCUCCCAGUCACCUGGUGGCUGGAGGCUGAGAGACUGCCCCCUGACCUCCCAGUGCUGGUGCAGGUGUCCUCAAACUCCAGCGUGCAGUCCCACUCCCUGCGUUUGAUCAUCCAAACGAUGCAUUCGCUGCCUUUUCGUCCACACGCGCUGCACCGCUGGGCUCUGAAACACCACGGCAACCUGUCCUCUCUGACACACUCCACACACGGCAAUCGAGUCUACGUCCCACUGGGAGAGGAUCCCACCCUGCCUGCCGUGUGCCAGCUGCAGUCCAUGUUCCUCUCCCACAACUACAUGACCUCUGAGCUGCAGCCACAGCAAGUGCAGGGCUGCACUGACGCACCAGCAGGUGGGAUCAGCCCGGAAGUACAUGUGAUCAAGCUCCAUUCGGCAGGCUCGGGGCUCUGUGGCUCUCUCCAGGUGGAGGUGAUCGUUUCUCUGGUGCCACUGGUGGCCAACUCAAAGACCCAGGCGGUUGUGCUUAUUCUCAGCAGCUCUGUGCCAGUCAACUGGGCCAUCGUUGCUAGUGGUGUCCAGGGUCAUAUUUCUAUUCAUUCGUCCAAUAGUGUGUCCCCGCCCUACCCACCUGAGCCUGACCUGACCCUGUCCAGUGCAGUUAACCCCGACCUGUCCACCAUAUCUGACCUUCUUGUGUGGGCCACUGAGAGCGGCUACACCAAGGUGACCUCAUACACUGAGGCUGACCUGGCCAAUCGCUUUGUGAUCCAGCUGGCUGGGGGCGGGACAGACGCGGUUGCAGUGAUGAAUCCUCUGGUUGUGAGGCCUCCCUGGGCCGAGGAGCGCCGGCUGAGGCAGUGGCUGAGCGGUGGAGGCAGAGCAGGAGGAGGCCGAGAGAGUUUCACGGUGCAGUGUGAGGACGGACGCCUCAGCGUGACUGUGGACCAACACAUCCUGCAGAGCCUGUCUGUCCCAGUGGCUGCCGUGACUCUACGAGACUCGACAUGCCAGGCUCAGUCCAAUGGGAGUCAUUUCCUGUUGGUGUUCCCAGUCAUUUCCUGUGGGACUGAGGGUCUUCUCCUGGGACAGCCUAGAGGGGUGCAGUACAAAAACAUGGUGUUAUUAUGGAGAGACGAGCCUCAGACCAUUCUGGCACGCAAUGAGACGGAAAGGAGGUCCAAAACUCCACUCGGCAUACAUUUUAGCUGUUUGGCUGCAGUCCCCACCCUCCCCAGAUCUGCUGACGACGAUGAUGACGAUGAUGUAAAAAUUCCUCAGGCAGAGCUGGUCCCCUGGGCACCCGAGGGUCCAGUGCCUGAUAGAGGAAUGAGCCAACUACUGACACCCAGACACAGAUCUGGGCCUUUUCUUACUUUGAAACUCUUCGUCACUGAGAGCUACGAGCAGAGGCGGAUUGGCCCCUGUGUCAUAACCGCAGACCACCGUGUCUAUGUUGAGAUUUCUGCCAAAGGCUCCUUCAUAGAUGUCUUGGAGGUGCAGUCAUGUGUGGUCUCUCCUCAGUCAGACCCAAAAAAGUCUCGUUUCUGGACUGUCAUCAGCGACGGCUGUUCCUCAGAUCCCUCACUGACCCUCGGUGCAAAGACAAAAGAUGAAGAGGAAAAAGAAGAGGUCGGAGAUGAUGGUGAACUGGAAGAGGAAAAGGAAGAGACAGAUGGACCAGAAGAAAGCAGAGAUGGAGAUGGAGAUGUCCCGCUCCGACGCAAAUUUGACAGAAGGGGGAGAGAAGCGUCAGAAAGGAAAGAACGGAGCAGCAGAAACGUGGGAGCAGAGGAGGAGAUGCAGCCCCUGAGAUUUAGUUUCAUCCUGCAACCUGUUUAUAAUGACUCUAUGCAGUUCCUCCACUGCAGCCUUCGCCUCUGUGUCUCUGACUUAAAAAGAGGGAAACCCACGAAGGAAACUAUAAAGAAUGACUGUGAGGGUGGGCUACAUAUCCCCCCACUUGUAUCUAGAUCACCCAGACAUCAGUGUGAGAUCAGAAACCUCUCCAGGCCGAUGGUCGUCACCCAGCCUAUAAGCUCCCUGGCACCCAAACUGCUGAGGCCCCCUGCUGGCCAAAGGACCAAGAGACUGAGUGUCUCCCCAGUGGCCAGUCCAGACCCAGAGCACAGCAGCUCUGUGGUGCAGACGGGACCAGUGAUGGGAAUCGUCUUCGCUGCCUUUGUGAUGGGUGUCAGUCUGAUGGGGGGGCUGUGGUGCAUCUAUUAUUACACAGGUGCACGUCCAACAUCACUCAGAGGAGAAAGUCAUUUAACAGACCACACUCAGGAAGGCCACAACAUCUGGAAUCCACCGUCACUGUCUGACCAGUCCUCCAGCUUGGUGUAGAGGAUUUCCUGCAAAUCUGAGAAAGGAGAACUGGGACAGAGGUUUCUAACAGCUUGUGUGUUGGUGAGAGCACAGCUGCCAUGUUGGUACACUUCUCCUCCAUCAUUCAUCGCCGUGCAGCCGAAAUGCGAGACGACUGAAACCAUGUGAAUACAGUCGCACUUAUUCAUCUCCACACCGUCAGAUGUUUGAUUCAAAGUGAAACGUUGUUUGUUAGAUGCUGCGGGCCACUCUGCACCAAGUCAUUUCAAGAGUGGCAGCGAGCCGUCGCAUGGAGAGACAUUUAUCUGGAUUCAACAGGAUCUGAGGUUGGUUGGAGUGACUCAGACGGAAACCACAUCAUCAUCUCCGUCUUCAGAGACGGAGCACAAGGUCAAAGAUAAAUUGAGAGGCCUCUGUGUGCGCCUGUGUAAAGAGUCGGUGUGUUUUACAGAGUCAUUUUCACUCUUUGUGUUGUAACUGUGAAUCAGCUGGAAACUGCAUUUAUCUGUAUGUGAAUUCCUUUGUGUUCAUGAUGUAUUAAACAAGCCGAGAUCUGUGUCAA